AUGUGGUUUGUGAGGAAAAGAACUAAUAUCAAUUUAAUUGAAAAUUAUACGCCAUUACUGUAUGGUUAUUUGUUAUGUGUAUUAUUAUUGCUAGAGAAGAAGGCUUACGGUGUUCCUACAACACCGCCCGAAAAAUUGACUCAGGGAUGUUCACCAGAGCUACUCCAUUUACGAUCCCAUCGACAUUUUCAUGUAUUGUGUCGCAGUCAACCUGCGAUAGCUGUCGCAGCUUACGAAGGAAUGCAAGAUGCAAUGAGCCAAUGCAAGGAACAGAUGCGCUUUCAACCGUGGGAUUGUUCCCAAGUUAUUACCGUAUUACAAGAUCCACCUAUUCUUCGUCUUGGAACUCGAGAAUCAGCAUAUCUAUGGGCAUUAUCAUCAGCUGGUGCAGCAUGGGGUGUUGCAACUGCAUGCUCGCAAGGUUGGCUACCUGAUUGCUCAUGCAGCGGACGUGAUGAAUUGAAACAAAACUGGGAAUGGGGUGGUUGCUCAUACGGUGUACAAUUCGGAAUAAUAACAUCCAGAAAAUUGCUUACAAGAAGUGCUACUUCUCGAUCACCAUUAAGAAAACUGGAAAAGCAUAAUUUAAAAGCCGGAAGAUUGGCGGUAAAAAAAACAUUAAUAUCAUCUUGUAAAUGUCAUGGUGUAAGUGGAAGUUGUGAUCAAAAAACUUGCUGGAAAAAAACUGCUGCAUUAUCAACUAUUGUACAACAUAUUACUAAUAAAAUGAUUAAGGCUAGAAGACUUCCGGAUGUUAAUUCACCAGCUAAAAAUGCAGAAUUAGUAUAUAUGGAAGAUAGUCCUGAUCCAUGUCGUUCAACUCGAAUAACAAAUAGGGUUUGUAGCUGGAGAAAUGAGACAAGUAGCCAAGGUGAUUGUGGCUUACUAUGUUGUGGACGUGGCUUUAAGGUAUCACAUGAACUAAUAUCAUAUCAGUGUGACUGUCAAUUUGUUUGGUGUUGUCACCUGAAAUGCAAUACGUGUCUCAGGCAUCGAUGGGUUUCCACUUGCAAUUAA